ACCCAAAACCAAAAUCCUCACUCCUCACUCUCGACAACGCCUCACUCCUCACUCCUCACUCCUCACUCUCUCGAACAAAAACUUACGGCCAAAAUCAAUCUUCGCUCGCGCCUCACCUUAAAACCAAAACCAGUCUCUCUUCCUCAAACCUCCAGAAGCCAACAACCCCAAUUUUCUCGAUACUGUUUUGGCGAAACUGAAGCACUCUCUUUCCCUCGCACUCGUUCACUUCUACCCGCUCGCGGGUCAAGAAAGAAAAAGACCCUCAUCUCUACUUGGUCUAUGUGGAUUGCAGCAAUAUCCCCGGGAGUUUGACAGCUUAACGGAUUGAUGCCCUAAAUCCAAAACGAGUCGUCCUCCGAUGUCCCUUCCAGAUCCCCAUCACACUCUGCUGAAUUCUAAAUCCCCAGUUUUCUAGGGUUUCAAUUUUCAAUCUCAAGAAAUGUUGAAGCGGAAGGCGUCACGGAAGAAGAUGUUCUCCCCCAUCAUCUCCGGUACGAGCCCCUCAAGGCCAUCACCGACCAUAAUCCAAGCGGUUGUCAUUAGGUCUGGGAGACCAAUCUCUAGUCCAAGGUUGACCCAAAUUUCAAAACAGGCGGAGGAGACCACAGUAGUGAUCCAUUUGAGGCUACGUCAUCGAGUUUCGUCACAAACCUACAGUCUCAAUGCGAAUCUCUGCCAUCUUCGUCUCUAUCAGGCACUGAUGGCAAUGCCUGCUCUCGAUUUCAACCUUUGUCUCUUCCUAAUUCCAGAAAUAGGGGCUUUUAUUCUGACAACAAAGGUUCAUCGAGAUGAUUUUAUGCUGAAUGUGAAACUUCGGCUGUUUGUUCUUAUUGCAAAGCAACCAGCCUUCCAUCAGCUUAGAUCAGUUGAGCAACUUGGUUACUUAACUGCUCCAAGUUCAUGCCAUCUGCUUUUACAGAGGAAUGAUUGUGGUAUCCGAGGACUGCAGUUUAUUAUACAAUCUGCAGUGAAGGGUCCAGGACAUAUUGAUUUGAGAGUGGAGGAAUUUCUCAAGACUUUUGAGAGUAAGCUUUAUGAGAUGACAAAUGACAAAUUCAAGGUGAGGUCAACAAGAAUCUGGUCUUCAUUUCUUUAUCAUAUUUGACUAGAUGAUGUAAUUCUUCAAAUAAUUGCGACUUACGGUUGAGAAAGUCGAACUAGCAUUCUGACUUAUUAAGAAAGAGCGAGUAGUGUGAAACCCCUGUUCCACAUUGUCAUAUGAGGCAAUUGAACUAAUCACAAUUAAGAUGGUCCGCAAAAAACGAAUUAAAAUUGGUUUUUUGAGGCAUGAAAGGGUUAAGGGGUCACCUAGUAGGACUCUUUGAACUUCCCUAAUGGUCUUCCACACUAAGAAGAGGACAAUGUAUGUACAGUUCAGUGGCCUAAUCUAGACCUUACUUUGUGUUUCGUUCUUUAAGCUGAUCUAUUAUGUUUGCGAGUCUUAAAUUUUUCCACGGUAAUUAGCUGCUAUACUGUUUGUUAUGUAGAGCAAAUCUUAAGUUUUUACACUGUCAUUGACCCUAACUGAGAGACAAAGGCCAUCAUAAAUACUACUGCUUAUGAUACUUUUCUAAUUGGACUGGUGUGUAUAUUAGUUUCUAGGUUGUAGUUUUGACCCCGAGGGAAAAGGUGUGGACUUUUUGGGUAUAGCUGUUUGAAGAAUUCUCCUUAUUGCUAACUUGAAUUCACUAGAUCUUGAUACGGUAUUAGAAAUCAUGGGUAAUUCUCUCACUUAAAAAGCAAGAUUCUUCUUCCAAGUCUUGUUACAAAUAGGCAUUUUUGAUUAUAUAUAUGAAUGGUUUUUCUUGUUGCUAACUUUUGUUGCUAAAAUAGAAUAGUAGUCAAACUUCAGUUCAAUGUAGAUAAAGCUGGCUUGCCCUUUUUCAUUGAUACUAUGUUCAGUAUACAAUAAGCUCAUAUUUGCAGCUUCGGAGAUAAGUGGGGAGAAAAUUUGGAGACUGCCAAUGGAGGAGUUAUUGGGAAUCAAUGAAAUCAGGAGUAGCUGAUAUGGUCAAAACUGGUGGUCGUCAAGGUGGUGCUAUCAGUGCAGCUCUCUUCUUGAAACAUUUUGUUGAUGAAAAGGUUCAGUGGAUGCAUAUUUGACGUGGCUGGGCCUGUUUGGAGUGAUAAGAACGUGCUGCUACAGGGUUUUCUGUUCCUGGUGAAGUGGGUUUUGAAGAACUCUUCCUAGGUGCUGAAGAAGUAUUGGUAGGAAGAACACCAUUUACAUGAGUUUACAUAGCAUCGGAAGAAGACAAAUGUACAAAUUUAUGAAUAUUUUGGGAGAUACUCCAUGUUUGAUAUCAAUUUAAUGAAUUCAUUUUAUAUA